AUGACCGCAAGCUUCAACAUCGCCGUCAUUGUGAUGCUGACCAUCUUUUCUGGAUUUAUGAUCCUAGCCGGCAUCUGUCGGUUCCGACUUCUCCUCUGGUUCGCCAACUACGAACGGGGCCCACGCCGUGCAAGAGCCAUCGCCCGCGCGUGGGACACCACCGGCACCACCCGGACUACCGCCAGAAGCCGGCGCACACAGAGGCAAUCAGGCCUCCCUCCCUACUCCUUGGAGCCCCGGGUCGGGGAGAUUAGUGUGUCGCAUUCCGAAUACGGCAUCGCGGACGACGACCCGCGGUCGGACAUGCAUCUAUCUCAAAUGCUUCGGGAUUUGGAACAGCCUCCGCCUGCCUACCGAGGGCCAGGGACUCCGAGAUGA